AUUUGUCCACAGAUAUGAAGGGCCCAACACGGCCAGCGCCCAGUGUACCUGGUAUGGGUGUAAACAGAUAUUCUCCUGUUACAAACUGGGACAAUGACCCCUUUGGUGCAGAUGUGUUUGAGCCCUCACCACAUUUCACACAGAAAAAGAAACCUCCACCUCGUCCUCCACCACCCAAGGUUGCCAAGCAACCUGAUAUUCCAGCAAAACCCUCACACUUUAUAAGAAAGCCAACAGUACUCUCUUCCCUAUUAACUCGUAAACCUAAAACAGUAGUGAAUAAUCAAAAUGUGAAUGUAACCCAGCCAAGUAUAAUAAAAGAUGUGAACAGUGAAGUGGACACUCUUAAAAUGUUUCCUAAAUGCGAGCCAAAGAAUGUGCAGACAGGUGCUUUGAUAGAUCUCUCAUCGCCUCCCAGCUCUCCUACAUUCACCACCAGAUCGAGCAGUGAUGGUCUCAGUGUGGACAGCUUUGGCUCAGAUGCUACUACAUCCACCAAUCAUCACAAUGCCCACAAUGGUGGAAAUGCCUCACAAGCUGAGAGUGGUUUUGAAGAUGAUUUUGAUCUUUUCCUACAUUCAAGGAAGCCUGUGGGUAAGGAGGACACAAUGGAUGAUUUUACUUCUAUUGACCCAUUCUCACCCCAACCAAUAAUGAACAAACCUCCUUUGAAGAAGAAACCUAUUUUAAGUAAGGAAAAUGUUUAUGAAGUAUCAAGUAAUUUUACGAGCCACAUAUCGGGUGCUCCCAUGCUGAAAGGUCCGACGAUAAUCCGCGCGAAGCCAGCCAGGCCGAAGCCGCCGGACAACUCUGCGUUAUUGAAGAAUACGUUUGGAAAUAGUUUCCCUGUCACCACCAUGACGGUGAACACUACCACGCCCAUACAAAAGGUCUCCAACGGAUUCGGUGAUAGUUUCGAGUCAAAGCAGUUAAGCUGGGAUGAUGAGGAAGGAUCUCCGGAGAGGGAAAUGUCGCCGCCCAUGCCGACGAUACCGCCACCUCCGCCGCCAGCAGUAGUUGACGAAGACUUGACGAGUUCCUGGACCACUGACAUCCCCGAUUUUGUGCCUAAUCAACUUGCCAACGUCGACGAUGAGGAAGAACCACACGCGAUUGCUCUUUAUGAUUACUUCACUGAUCAUCCGGACGAUUUAUGCUUUUCGGCCAACUCGAAGAUAAAGUUGAUACGGCGAGUGGACCAAGAAUGGCUGUUUGGCAGAUUGAGGAGCGGCGCGCAGGGUCUGUUCCCGUCCAACUACGUGGAGAUCAAGGUUCCAUUACCUAACGAGGCUGCACCACCGACACCUCUCAUCGGCGUCGCCGUCGCACUCUACGACUUCGAACCAGUAGAACCAGGCGACCUACGUUUCGCCACAGGUGACACUAUACAAGUUAGGAAUAAACUGAACGAUGAGUGGUACUUCGGCGAAUGUAACGGACUGAAAGGACAAUUCCCGAUUAACUAUGUACAGAUGAGUUAA